AUGCCCAAGGAGACAAAGCUCAUAAACUCUGAGUUUGAUGUAGAGGUUCAAGAUCCAGAACGUCUAAAUGGCCACCCUGUGGCCAAAUUUAUCAACAAGUUGAGCGGUCAACCUGAAUCUUAUGUCAACAGGACCAAUUAUAUUUUUGGUCGAACACUGGGUGCUGGUUCUUUCGGUGUUGUUAGACAAGCAAGAAAGUUGUCUACAAAUGAAGAUGUAGCCAUCAAAAUCCUUUUGAAAAAAGCCUUGCAGGGAAAUAAUAUUCAAUUGCAGAUGCUGUACGAAGAGCUAUCAAUUUUGCAGAAACUGAGUCAUCCUAAUAUUGUCUCUUUCAAAGACUGGUUUGAAUCAAAGGAUAAGUUUUACAUUGUCACUCAAUUAGCCACUGGUGGUGAAUUAUUCGAUAGAAUUCUCUCGAGAGGGAAGUUUACAGAAAUAGAUGCUGUUGAGAUUAUAGUCCAGAUCCUUGGUGCUGUAGAGUACAUCCAUUCUAAAAACGUUGUUCAUAGAGACUUGAAACCUGAGAAUGUUUUGUACGUUGACAAAUCAGAAAAUUCACCUCUGGUGAUUGCGGACUUUGGUAUAGCUAAACAGUUGAAAGGAAAAGAGGAUUUAAUUUAUAAAGCAGCUGGAUCGUUGGGUUACGUGGCGCCAGAAGUACUUACACAAGAUGGACAUGGAAAACCCUGUGAUAUAUGGUCAGUUGGUGUGAUCACUUACACUUUACUCUGUGGAUACUCUCCGUUCAUUGCUGAAAGUGUUGAGGGGUUCAUGGAAGAGUGUACGGCUUCUAGAUACCCGGUAACUUUCCACAUGCCAUACUGGGAUAAUAUAUCUAUUGAUGCUAAGCGCUUUAUUCUAAAAGCUUUGAUACUGGACCCGACUGAUAGGCCAACCGCUACAGAAUUGUUAGACGAUCCAUGGAUUACAUCGAAAAGAGUCGAAACUAGCAACAUUUUACCAGACGUUAAGAAAGGCUUUUCUUUGCGUAAGAAAUUGCGCGACGCUAUUGAAAUUGUCAAGCUUAAUAACAGAAUUAAGAGAUUGAGAAACAUGUAUUUGUUAGGUGAUGACGGUGAUAAUGACAUAGAAGAGAACUCUCCUACCGGGAGUUGCUUGGAUGGCAUCACACGCUCAUUGCAUGAUUUGCGUUUUCAACCUCAAAAGAAAGUAGCAGAACUUUCAAAAGAGCAAAUGAAACUAAAAUCUGCGUUGACGAAAGAAGCGUUUGUCCAAAUCGUGAAAGCUGCAACAAAGAAUAAGCAUAAAGUUCUAGGUGGCGAGGAGGAAGAGAGUGAUAGUACCGGAAGUGAGGAAACCAAAGCAAAUAACCAAGAGUCCAACUCAAAGGACUCAAAUUACUGA